AUGAGUUCUUGUGCUCAGUUUCUAAAUCUAUGCUCACUGCGGGUGUUUGGAGGAUGCGAAGAAGGCCUUCGACUCAAUGAGAAGGCAAAAUGUGGUGUCGUGGACUGCAUUGAUCAUUGGCUACGCGCAAAACGGCGAGGGGAUGAAGUCCCUCAGCUCUACGGAGAAAUGAGGGCUGCUGGCGUUGAGCCCAACUUCGUCACUUUCAUAGGGUUGUUGUUAGCCUGCAGCCACGCGGGUUUGGCUGAACGAGGGCGAUGUUACUUCGACUCCGUGGUUAGAGAUUACGGGGUAAGGCCCGGCCACGAUCACUACAUGUGCACAAUCGGUCUUUUGGGACGAUCGGGGAGAGUCGAGGAAGCAGAGAAGUUGCUUAGUGAUAUGGAAUUUGAGCCUCAUUUAACUGCUCCAUCCAUCCCCCAUAUUUAUGCAUAUUUUUCCUUUUUGAUACAUUUCCAAAUUUUUGUACACUCUACUUUCGAACACUGCCUCGCACAUAAUUUUCACAAUUUUAUUCUAUCAAAUAUGUAUUAUGCAGUUGGGAAGUGGGAAGAAGCUGCUUCGAUCCGAAGCUCGAUGAAGGCGAAGGGUGUCGUGAAGGAGCCCGGCCAGAGCUGGGUGGAGAUGAGCAGCACGGUUCACAGGCUCGUGGUCUACUUGAAGGUCGACGAGGCGUUGACAUCAAUCAAGGCAGCCGGCUACGUCCCCGACAUGAGCUUCUCCAUUCACAACAUCAACGAGGAAGGGAAGAAGGCGCACGGCCUCGCCUACCACAGCGAGAAGCUGGCGUUGGCAUUCUGCCUCCUCAAGCUGCACGAGGGCGUGCUCGGCCGGAUUUACAAGAACGUUUGGGUCUGCGGCAACUGCCACUCCGCGAUGAGGAUUGCAUCGAGGAUUUAUCGGCAGCGUAUCAUUCUCAAAGAUUCGAAUCGGUUUCAUCAUUGGUAA